AGUUUUACGUACUGACGCUAAGGACCCCGGAAGUUACUCGUACUGUUUACAUUUUGCUCUUUGUUCUGUGGAAAACCAGAAAAAUGUCCAAAAAACGGACAGGGAGCCGUAGCUUGAAGGCCGCAAUCGACCAGCAAUUAGCGGCAGCCGCUAAAGAUAUCUUCGGGCUGCUGCAGGAGCGCAGCAAAGCAGAGCUACAGGACCUUCGGGACCUGGUGAUGGAGCGAAUCACCGCAGUCGUGGAGCUUAUCCUCUCUGCAUUCGAAGCUAACCGAAUGGCUGUUGGAGAUUCGCAGAAGCCCCGUGAGUGUCUGAAAGCGGAUCCAAGAGACGAACGGAAAGAGUUGUGUCUAUCAGUUGGUGUGAGGAGUCUCUCUGAUGACAAAUGUCAGAAGCAGGAUGUAAUAGUGGAUAACCCACUGCAGGAGGCUCGGCCUAGCACUUCCUCCAGACUAGAAACAGUCUCUGAAAUAGACCACCCAGCCUCUCUGGACGGUCCAGCCGAAGAGGAGGAGGAAGAUGAGAACAACUCAAAAGGGGCAACAUCUCACUGCUGCAGAGUAUGUGGGAAGUUCUUCCACAGGAAAGGCUUUUUACUUAAACAUGUGGAGAAGCACUCAAAGGAGGCUGAGUGCUUGUGCGGUAUGUGUGGUGAACAUUUUGAGUCUCCUGACAGUUUGCGACAGCAUCUUCAAACCCAUCGCGACAGCAGCAGGACCUGUAACGUGUGUGGCAAGAAGUUCCCCUCAAUCCGAGCUCAGGAGACACACCUGAGGCUGCACACUGGUGAGAAACCUUUUAACUGCCACUUCUGUGGUAAGGGUUUCAAUCAGAAGGGUAAUAUGAUGACUCACUUGAGGACUCAUAGAUCCCCUGAGAAGUCAUUCACAUGCAGUGUCUGCUGUAAAGAAUUCAGCCACACCAACUCUCUGGAGCAACACAUGAAAGACCAUGAUGGUCAGAUGCCACUGAGCAAAAUCCCAGAAAAAGGCAUCCCAUCAAGAACAAAGGUGGGGUGGCAUGCCCGGAGCCACAAAUCUGACAAUCAGUACCCUGAAAGGAGCAAACGCAGGAAACCGAGCCUGACUCCUUCUCACUCGUGCAAGGUUUGUAGGAACACUUUUCAUAACAAAGGUAACUUACUGCGGCAUGCAGAGACACAUAUAACAGAUCCUGACUUUAUCUGUGGAGUCUGUGGAGAGGGUUCAGAGUCUUUGGAGAUUUUGCAGCUUCAUAUCCAGAGUCACAGGGAAACAAGCAGGAUUUGCGAAAUCUGUGGAGUCAACUUUAGGGACAUGGAGAUCCAUAUGAGGACACACACCGGCCAGAAACCCUUCAGAUGCAAAGACUGUGGCAAGGACUUCCCCAGAAAGGGCUCUCUGGAGAGACAUAUUAAGUUGCAUGCUGGAGAGAGGCCAUACAUCUGUGAAUUUUGUGGAAAGACUUUCAUUGAAAACACAGUAUUGAAGAGGCACAUAAAGAGCCACACAGGAGGAAAGCCUAGGAUUUAUCCUUGUGAGGUCUGCGGAAAGAAGUUCACCAUGAGCCAACAUUUAGACGUGCACAAGAGGAUCCAUACAGGGGAGAAGCCAUACCCGUGCAAGGUCUGCGGCAAAAACUUCAGGCAGAUUGGCAACUUGGAUUCUCACAUGAGGAUACACACAGGCGAGAAGCCGUUCAUUUGCAGCCUGUGUGGGAAAAGGUUUCGGCAGAAGAUCUCACUCGAGACACAUGAGAGGUUCCACAAGAAGGAGAAACCGUUCAUCUGCAAGGAUUGCAAUAAAGGCUUUGUCCAGAAGAUAGACCUGAAGAGACACAUGCUGACACACACUGGUGAGAAACCGUUCAAAUGCCAGAUCUGUGAAAAGAGCUACCAGGAGAAGCGCUCUCUGGACUCACACAUGAAGGUCCAUGGAGGAGAACAGGCUACCAAAGACUCAAUUGUGAUGCAGAACUCAAAACAACAGGAGGGAGUUCACUCUGACUUCAUCCAGCUGUAGACUGAGGGAGAUGGAUGAAGUCUGCCAGUGUCAGAACAUCUGCUGAAAGCAUGUCACCCUGCAGCUUCAUCCAACUUCAUUAGGUUCGAAGAGACUUUACGAAAGGAGUUGCAGCUCAUUGUUAUGUUUGAUUU